AUGUCAACAAAAUUGUUACGUAAUUUCGGCAAUGUCGCCAAACUAGCGAAUUCCGUUUGCUGCGAUCCCCCACAGCAACUGCUACUGUGGAGUUCUAGCACAAAGGAAUCAAAGAGGCGCCUACUAACGCCACCAAAAGCCGAGCCGAAUGUCGAGGUGUUGAGCGAUACCUUCGUGCCAGAGUUAGUAUUUAAAUACAAUCCGCUAAAGUACUAUCUGAGUAAAAUGAAAAUGUGGAAACUGAAGUGGACUUGGGAUCGCUCCUUCAGUGAGAGUCAAUUUGUGGAUCAAUCCAAACAGGCAGCUGCCACUUUGACGGAUAUUGUGCGGUUGCGCGACACAGAGAAAAUUGCCGAGUUCUCCACCUCGAAUGCCUACUACCAGAUGGCCAACGAAUUGAUCAACUUUCCUCAUGAGUCCUGCGCAGAGUUGCUGCAUUUUCGCAAGGACCACAUCCGUCAAGCGGUGCCCAUCAAAGUGCAAUUGCAUAAUGUUCUAGGCCUAAAAUAUGCGGUGAUAGACGUGAUAAUGGUGGGGUUACGGCAUGUGGGCGAUUGCGAGGGUGGCGGAGAUUUGGACAAGAUGAAGCAGGCUCUGAUCGAAAUGGAUCCCGAGCUAAAGGACCAGAUCACUGGACCUACUAUGCAGCUACCCUAUGUUUUUAUUGAGCUUUUUAUGCGCUUUCGACGCAACUACUCAAAUGUGAAUCAGCCUAUUGGCGGGCAACCGGAAAAGGCAACAAGCCCCUGGUUGGUCUCGGUGUACAAAAUAUGUAGAUUUAACAUCUUCACUAUGCCGCCUACUAUGGAAACAUAA